AUGGACAUUAAUUCCUUACUCAACGACGCGGAACCUCAAACCGUAGUUCCUUAUAUCAAACCACAAUGUAAGAGAGGAUUGGACAAUCCACCAGAAAGCCCACAUAAGAGAGCUAAAAUAGAAGAAUACCAUGUAUCAGAUGAAGAAAGCGAUUCAGAGAGAAGUCCAAUUUCUUCAAGAAGAUCAACUGCAACAUCGAUUUCAUCGUUUAGUUCUAAUGAUAGUACACCAUCACCUGGUCUAUGCAGUGAUCAAGUACGCAACUCACAAACCGAAUACAAUGAGGUGGAUGACCCGUUUGUCGUAAUCAAUUCGGAGAAUUCAGAUAUUAAUAGCUGUAAAGAUCUUAUUAAUGUUUUGUCACAGAAUUACAAAUACUCGACCCAAAUAAUUAAAAUUUCAUUUGUUGAUAGAGAUUUACCCAAGGUUCCCACACCAACUGAUUUGACAGAAAAGGGAGAAAAAGCGAUACGACAAGAUGUUAUAGCUAAAAUACAUGAAAAAUACGUUGAACCUUUGCUCGAUAUUACUGGAUAUAGAUGGGUCAGGAAAGAAGUACCUUCCAAGGGUAGAGGUCUAAAGGUAUUUUCGAUCAAGUAUUCCUGUUCUCAACAAUCGAGGAAAAGUUGCAAGGAGAAUAAAGUCCCAGAAAAGAAUAGAUCAAGACAUCUAAGUCAUCCACUAAAACAGUAUGAUUGUGAAUCAUUGUAUUCAAUCAAGUACAUCUGGUCUACACAGAAUGUAGAAGUUAAUUACAAACAUUUGAAGCAUCCUCCUUAUAAGAGAUUACCAGAGAAGCUAAAGCCAUUUAUCCGAGCGAGACUAGAUAUGAAAGCAUUAGAUUUGUAUCAUGAGAUUUUGAAGGAACCCAAAUUCAAUGAUGUCAAACAUCUAAUUUUCUUCGGCAAAGUACAAAGUUAUUGGUCAAAGGAAAGGACCAAGAACAAAGAGAAAACGACAAAGGAAGCAUUCAAGCAAUUCUUUCAAAAUUGA